AAGGCCUUAUCAAAUAUGGGCUUAGACAAGCAAGGUUCGACCACCAUCGAUUCUAGAGAUAAGAGCCAGAGCGUAAUAGGCGGAGAUUGGCAAGAAGGUGGCUAUAAUAGGAAAAUCCGGCAGUGCCAAACGAAACGCGUGCGGUGCAACAAGUCAACUGGUAUUAAAAUCGCAAUGGAUCACCGAACUCGGGUCGAAGUGGUGCAAGUACCUCCCAUGGCGCAGGGCCCAACCACGGUAAUUGUUCAGCCACCACCUCCACCACCGCCGCCCAAGGAGAACGGCUGUUGUUGCUGCCCCUGCUGUCCCUGUUGCUGUGGAUGUGGCGACUGCUGUUGCUGCUGCACCAUCAUGUGAAAAAAAAACCAAAGAAAGUGCCACAAAAAAUACAAGAGAUGAAGGCUGGGGAGGAGUGAGGCUGGGAGCCUUCAAACAAAGGACCUCAAAAACCCUUAAUGCGUUACGUUAAAUUAACUUUCUAUGUCUAUGACGGCCACCCACACACACACACAAUUCACACACACUUUUUUAGUGCAAUAAAAUUUUACGAUUUGUUAUAAA